AUGUUUUCUUUUGUACGACACUUUGAUGAGUGGAACCUUGCUGCUAUUACCUCAGGUGCUUCUCUUCCGAACUGGCUGAUAUAUUUGUGUGGUAUUUGUACAAUAGUUGCCACAAGUAUAUCCAUUAUUUCACAAUGCGGGCAGUUGUGGAAUUAUAGAAUUCCUUCGCAGCAAAGGUUGAUAUUAAGGAUCCAGAUGAUGGUACCUAUAUUUUCCAUCUCAUGUUUUGCUUCGAUUUUACGACCAGAGAUAGGCGCCAUUUAUAUUGAUCCGAUUAGAGAAAUUUAUGAGGCAUUGGUCAUCUAUCAGUUCUUUACGUAUUUGACUUUACGACUAGGUGGUGAACGGAAUAUCAUCAUCAACAUCGCGCCAAUGUAUCCACCGAGCAGGCAUGCUAUCCCAUUCUUUGGGCGUUACCUACAAAGAAUCGAUCUUAGUGAUCCUCACGAUUUCGAGACGUUGAAGCGUGGUGUUUUACAAUACGUUUGGUUCAAGCCAGUGUACUGUAUCGGUAUGGCAACGUUUGAAGCGUUCCAAUGGAAUACCGUCUGGUUAGUAAUAUGCUACAAUAUCAGUGUGACAUGGUCUCUUUACUGUCUCGCGAUGUUCUGGAAAUGUUUGUACACAGAGCUUUCAGUAUUCAAACCAUGGCCGAAAUUUAUGUGUGUCAAGUUGAUUAUUUUCGCAUCGUACUGGCAAAGUCUCAUUAUCAACGUUUUAACGAUUAUAGAUGUCAUUGAUAUACAUGGUGACGACAAAUAUGUGGCAUUUGAGAUCGGUAAUAGUGUACUUUGUGUUGAAAUGAUUGGAUUUGCUAUUGCACAUUGGUAUGCGUUUUCAAGUGACGAAUACGGUCCGGACAAGUACCCAAACUCUGGAAGGUUGAAGAUCCUCUAUGCUUUGAAGGACUGGCUUGGUUUUAAAGAUCUAUGGUGGGAUUUCAAGAGUGUAAUAAAUGGUGAUUACAGAGAUUACAGGAGCUUUGACUCGGUGGAAUCAAUGCUCGCGGACAGAGACACGCACUCAAGAACCAACAGAUUGACUAGGGGAUUAAGGUACACAAAUCAGGGUAUGUCAUCUUACUGGGUCGGAUCUAGUGGAUAUGGCAGCACCGAAACUGAUAACGGGAACGAUUUAGAAUCGGCAUGGACUGAUAUCACUGAAGGUUUGAAUUUGCCAAGGUAUAUUCCAGAGGACAGCAAUUAUCCAGUGGUCUGGGACGCAACAUCACAUCGAUAUGAUGCUAGAAUUGAUGAUUUGAGGAAACAAAUGAGGUCGAAGUAA